AUGGGCGACGAUAAAAGUGGAUUUGCAAAUCCGACUUGCGAUAUUGCCUUGGGAAAUGAUGACAGUCAUGUAGCGAAUGGAAACGUGGCCAAUGGAAAUGCUCAGCAUGGUGAGUAGAGAGUAGUGAUUGGGCUGUAGGUGCUGCAGGAUGUGUAAUCAAGGUUUUUGAUUGUUUUUAGAACAAUGAACGCGUUUUUUUGGUAUUUUUUCUUACAGGAUUAAGAUCCAAAAUGAUGAGGUAAAAUUGACACCUUUAGAGAUAAAAAAUACACUUUCUGCGGGUUUCUUAUAAACUUGAAAAUUCACAAACUGUGGUAUGUGGGGAGGUGGCCUUUGCUGCAGAAGUUCAAUGGCUUCUGUCAUACUUUCCAAGGCCCUAGUUUCUCUCGCCGUCUCUCUAAAUUUUCCUUAGUUUCUCGCCAAAAAAUUUUGUUUAAUCUCUCGGCUAUUCCUACAAAUCAAAUUCCCAAAUUUUUUUGGCAUCUUCCUUUUUAUGAAUCUAAUGCCAGCAUCCAUAUUCCAGAAGCACCCGCUCAGCUAAGUGAAAUCGCUCUUGAUGACUCCAGCUGGGCUAAUUCGGCCGCCAAACCAAAGCCAACCCUACAGCCAGAGCCGGAAAAGAAAGCCUCGAUUGAAAGAUCAGAAUCCGCAGAAUCUAACGUCGAUGAAAACGAUAAGAAACCAUUGAGUGAGUAGCCUUAUUUAUCAAUUAUGUUUUGCUUUUUAGAAACCGGAAAGGUGAUAUCCCUGAUCUACCCAGUGAACGAGCACUUGGCUUGGAUCGCCCCGCCAGUCUACAGUUUCGAGAAGAUGCCCAAGGCGUUGAAUUCGAGGGAGUUGAUGGUUCCACAUUCAGAAUACAGAAGGUUCAUGUCCACGAUCACGGACGACGUCAGGUUUAAAAGGUCGGUCUGAAAGAUGUUUAAUAUCAGGGUAGAAAGCUAAUGGAUAAUUUUAUAUGAAAAGCUGUAGGGAAAGAAGAUAAAUCUUUUUCAUGUUUGAUGUUAUUUUUCUGCUUUAAGUCGGUAUCAAUUCCUGAAAAUUGUAGCUUUCGCUUCGCAACAAAAUCGUAGAGUUACAGCUUUUUUAAGCAAUGAAUUCUUUUGUCACCUAAUGGCGAAUUCGGAGAGAGAACGGAGAAAAAUUUGAUUUGCACAGUCGUAUUUUAUAAAAUUUCAAAUUUGUUCCAGUUAUGUGAUCCUAUUUUCCCGAGCAGUCCCCAUCUGGGUGAUGACUUCAGUAAUCUUGUUGAUGUUCAUGUUGUUCUCCAGCCAAGACGGUGGUCUUCAUGUCAUGGUUUUUACAAUUCUAUGGGGAUUAAUGUUGUGUAUUGGACUGGGAUUCUGUAUCUUGUUGAGGAAAUACGUAAGCAACCAAAACGAAUUUUUUAAUAUCAAAUUUCCAAAAUUUUAGCUAGCCAAUGGUUUGAAUCUAGUAGUCCGGGAUGCCAACGAUCAGGCAAUCAAGCACAAUCUGAUGGUCGGCGUCCAAGAUCGCGGCCAGAUCUCUUGCCACAAAGUUGUUGUAAGUUAAUGUAACCUUGCUGCAUUGUGUUCUCAGCUAGUCUUAAUGUACUACGAUGUAAGAGAAUGCCAGCACGAUAUAAAGAAGUGCAUUCGAGUUCAUCUGGUUAACCAACCAGUGAAGCAGGAAAUCCCGGCCGAAAGUGAGCUUGACUCACAAGCCAGAGAAUUUAUCGUCGAACAUAGUCAAGCCUACAUCAAGGCGUAUGCAAAGGUAAGUGGGAUUUUUGGGGGAUUGAGACAGUUGAAUAUCUUAGAUGUAUCAGCAAGUAUGGCUAAGGUCUUUAGACAUUGAUUUUUGGCCUUUUUCGGCCAUGUACUCAACUUUUGAAUGAUAUCCUUGGGGUCGUUUACUCUGGACCUUAUUUUAAAAAAAAAAAUUCUUUAGUAGAUCUGCUCUUGCCAUAACUCUCUUGGUGGGAACCCAAAAUUCGUAUCUUCUAUUAUAUUUUCAUUUUCAGAAGCAACUUUUAUUCCCAACGAAGCCAUCGGAAGGAGUCAGUGAAUUCCGACCCAAACAUUGCCAAGCCUCGAUAUGUAUAUGUCAAUACGUUGAACAGGUAGGCUCCACUCCUUUGCUCGACUAUAUUUUCGUCUUCGUAUCUUACAUUCCCUUCGGAUUUCAGAAAAUAUUCCAAGAUUUGCCGCUCCUCCCAUAG